AUGACAGACGAACUGAUGCUGAAGCUCGUGGUACAAAUCUCGGGUAUGACGUGCGGUGCGUGCUCUGCGUCUAUCACCCUGGCAGUGUCACAGCUCGACGGAGUGUCUGAAGUGAGUGUUUCGCUCAUUACUGAAGAAGGUCUAGUCAAGUUUGAUCAUAAUAAAAUCACCUCCAAACAAAUCAUUGACACCAUUGAAGACUGUGGUUUUGAUGCCAACUCCGUGUCUGAGUCCUUGUUGGGUUCGCUGGAUCUUCAAGACCUGCUCAUCACCUCUGUGUCUAUUCAAGGGAUGACCUGUGGUGCCUGCAGUGCUUCUAUUACCACUUCUCUUGAAAAUAUAAAUGGAGUGCUGGAGGUGUCAGUAAACUUGAUCACCGAGGAUGGAAAGAUAACACACGAUGUUUCCGUGACUCCCGAGAUGAUUGUGGGUGCAAUUGAAGAUUGUGGAUUUGAUGCUUCCAUCACCGGUAGUGAGCAAGCGAAUGUGUCUCACAAUACUCUCACUCAAAGCACCAUUGCAAUCACUGGAAUGACCUGUGGCUCGUGUCUGGCAUCCAUAACGAAGGCUUUGGAGCUACUCCCUGGUGUUUCGGCCGUGACAGUAUCGCUUUUGACCGAAGAAGCAGUGAUCAAAUACACUGAAUCGCAAAUAUCUGUACAAGAGCUUCUAGAAACAAUAGAGAACUGUGGAUUUGAUGCUCGAUUGGAAUCCUCAAAGCUGUUGGGAAUCGUGGAGAAUGAUGAAGAGGUGAUAGCGUUACAGAUUUAUGGUUUGGGUGAGGGUGUUGAUGUCCAUGAUUUCCAGUACAAUAUUGAAGCCUUGUUUAAAAGCUUUGGUUCUGGAAUAGUUAGCUUCCAGUUGAACGUGGAUAGCAAUGUUUACGACGUUAUGAAUACUCACGGGAACGACGUGACCGAAUCGUUGGUGAAUCCUAGAAGCAGAGACCUGGAUGUUGUUGAGGAUGGAGAUCAUUUGAUAAAUGAAUUGACUAUAGUAUACAACUCCUCCAUAAUAGGCGUACGAGAUUUGAUUGAAAAGUUGGAUACCAUUGACCCCAACAUAAGUUUUUUGAUUUUGAAUUCAGUUGAUCAAUCAUCAAAUAUGCAGUUGAAGCUAUUACUGAAAACUAAAGAAAUCAGCUACUGGAGAUCCAACUUUUUCUGGUGUCUUGUCGUUGGUGCUCCCGUUCUCGUAUUAUCCAAAACCCAAAACACACAUUUUUGGAAAACCAAAGUCAUCUUUGCAGGCUUGUUCUGGACUACUUUCAUACAAGGAGUUUUGGCCAGUUAUGUCCAAUUCAAAUUGGGAAUCACCUUUCUCAAGAAAUUCGUCCAAUUCGUACGAAACAGAGGUUCUGGUGCAACAAUGGAUAUACUUGUUUGUAUUUCCACGAUGAUUUCCUAUCUAUUCUCUGUUUUAUCAACUGUGGUGUGUGUCUGGAACGGAACAACCUCAAAACCUCCACUUGUCUUAUUUGACACCAGCACAAUGAUAAUUUUAUAUAUCUCCAUCGGCAAAUGGCUCGAAAAUAGAGCCAAAGGUGCUACUUCAACCGCUUUGUCCAAGUUGAUAUCUUUAACACCAGGAAAUUGUGUUAUUGUAAGUGAUAUUCCAAAGUAUGAAAGUUAUCUCCAAUCACUUCGUCAAGAAAAGGCCGGUGAAACAAAGUUAGAAGAAGGUGAGAACUUCCCCACGAAAACCAUUGAAAUUGAUUUGGUUCAAAAAAACGAUAUUGCCAUAGUUCUUCCUGGAGCCAAAGUACCAGCUGACGGUGAAAUAAUCUUCGGUGAUUCCGAAAUCGAUGAAAGUUUAUUAACUGGUGAAAGUUUGCCCGUCUAUAAAAAAGUUGGUGACAAAGUCAUCGGAGGAUCUGUCAAUGGUCCUGGUUUAUUGCAUGUUCAAGUGACUAAGAUAGGAAAGAACUCCCAAUUACAAAAAAUAAUCAAAUUGGUCAAGGAAUCCCAAAUGAGCAAGGCUCCAGUUCAGAGAUACAGUGAUUAUAUUGCUUCCAGAUUCGUUCCUUGUAUCUUGAUCUUGGCAUUUUUGACGUUUGCAUUUUGGGUUGGCUUCUGCUUCAUGAAAUCAUCACCUUUGCCAAAAGUGUUCCAAAUGGAAGAGAAUGGUAAGUUCUUCGUAUGCCUCAAGUUGGCUAUUUCUGUAAUUGUCGUGGCAUGUCCUUGUGCUUUAGGUUUGGCAUCACCAACAGCAAUUAUGGUGGGUACUGGAUUAGCAGCCAAAAAUGGUGUAUUAAUUAAAGGGGGUGAUAUCUUGGAAAAAGCAAGCGAUUUGCAUAUUAUUUUGUUUGACAAAACGGGGACUUUAACCACAGGACAGAUGAGUUUAUCUUCUUAUAAGAUAUUGAACCAAAAAAUCUCCGACUUCGAUUGGUGGCAGUUGAUUGGAGGUCUUGAAAGCAGUUCAGAGCAUCCUAUUGCUAAAGCCUUAAUGAAAAUUUCUAGGAAGCAACUAGGGAUGUUUGCAGAGGACAACUUUGCUCCAAUGCUAAAGAACUUUGAAUCUUUGACCGGUCUAGGAGUGAAAGGAGAAUUAAUCUAUAACAAAGAAACCUUCAAUCUAAUUCUUGGAAACAAAAGAUUACUUGAAUUGUCAAGUAUUCAAAUGGAUGAAAUUGAGAGUACAAACACUUUGUUGUAUGUUAUCAUUAACAAUGAAUGUCAUGGGUACAUAGAAUUGAGUGACGAGAUAAAACCUUCUGCAAAAUCUGUGGUAAGUUAUCUCAAGCACAAAAAGUAUAUUGUCGGCAUGGUGACGGGAGAUAACUACAAAGUUGCCGAAAAAGUUGGUAAAGAAUUGGGCAUUAUCAAAUCAAAUAUAUUCAGUGAAGUGUCUCCUCUUCAUAAAGACAAGAUUGUUACAGAUUUAAGAAACAAAUUUGGAGGUCCGUCUAAUGUCAAGAUUUCUUUUGUUGGAGAUGGUAUUAAUGAUGCACCAGCACUUUCCCAAGCUGAUAUUGGAAUAGCUAUUUCUAAUGGAACUGAAAUAGCCAUUGAGAGUGCCGAUAUGGUUAUCAUGAAUGAGAGUAAUGAUAUUUUAGGUAUUCCAAUUGCUUUAGAUAUCAGCCAAAAAACAUUCAGAAAGAUUAAAAUGAAUUUUGUAUGGGCCAUGAUAUACAAUAUUUUCAUGGUUCCAUUUGCUAUGGGAUGCUUUUUACCCCUUGGGAUAGUAUUGCCACCUAUGGCAGCUGGUUUGGCUAUGGCUUUCAGUUCUAUCAGUGUUGUUUUAAGCUCAUUAAUGCUCAAUAGAUGGAAAUUCGAUUUCAAACCUGAUUACGAUUACAAAGUUGAUUAUGAAAACUUUAUGGAAUUUGACCUUAAAGGAUUUGAUGUUGACGAUUUUAAUAGAUUUACAAAGUAA